AUGGAGAAGGGGAAUCUCACAGUGGUAACUGAAUUCAUUCUGAAAGGCAUCACUAACCUUCCUGAACUGCAGGCCCCACUAUUUGGAUUGCUCCUCAUUAUCUAUUUGAUCUCUGCAGUGGGCAAUUUGGGCAUCAUCAUCCUCACCAAGGUGGACUCCAGGCUGCAAACACCCAUGUACUUUUUUCUAAGACAUCUGGCUCUCACUGAUCUUGGAUAUUCUACAGCUGUGGGACCCAAAUUGUUAGUUAACUUUGUUUCAGAACAUAAUUCAGUCUCCUAUUAUCUUUGUGCUACACAGCUAGCCUGCUUUCUCUUUUUUAUUACUUGUGAACUUUUUAUUCUCUCUGCCAUGUCCUAUGACCGCUAUGUGGCUAUAUGUAACCCUUUGCUCUACAUGGUUAUCAUGUCACAAAGAAUAUGUUGGGUACUGGUGGCAAUUCCAUAUUUCUACAGUGUAUUUGUGUCUCUAAUAGUCACACUAAGGAUAUUCACUUUAUCUUUUUGUGGCUACAACGUCAUCAAUCAUUUUUUCUGUGAUUGUAUCCCAUUGAUAUCUUUGCUUUGUUCAAAUACACAUGAGGUUGAAUUGAUAAUUAGAUUCUUUGCAACUUUUGAUUUGAUUUCCUCUCUUCUGGUUGUCCUUGUGUCUUACCUGCUUAUCUUCAUAGCCAUUCUGAAGAUGAAAUCUCCUGAGGGAAGGCAAAAGGCUUUUUCAACCUGUGGGUCCCACUUGACUGUGGUUACUGUCUUCUAUGGGACUUUGAUAUUUAUGUAUGUACAGCCCAAGUCCACUCAAUCAUUUGAGACUGAUAAUGUGUCUUCCAUAUUUUACACUCUUAUUAUUCCAAUGUUGAAUCCCUUGAUCUAUAGCUUGAGAAAUAAAGAUGUAAAAGAUGCCAUAGAAAGAACCUGGAAAAAGAUAGUCAAUAUCUUUCCUUAA